AUUAAUUGUAUCAAUUUUGCUACUUUGUAAAAUAUUUCUAAUAUCAGCAAAUCUUGCCAAUAUAUUAAUGUCUUUUCACUAUCCGCGUAGAGUAAAAGACUUGCCUGCAUUGGAACCGGACUCUGAUGAUGAUGAUAGGGAUGGGGAUCAUGAACAGCCGAGCAGAGAAGAGCAACAAAAUGAUAAUCCACAAAAUAAUUCAGGCGUUCUGGGUACAUCCACAAAAAGUUUUGGGGCCUUUAGUAAUAUGCGGAUGUUUCCCAAGCGUAGAUCGGAACUGCCAACACUGGAUUCAGAUGAGUCCGAAGAUGAAGAAAAUCACAAUACCGACAAUUUGAAUUGCGCUAUACUUAACGAUUCAUUUAUUAUGAGCCCUGGAGAUAGUUCUCUGCUGAAAACGCCUGGACCCUCUUCUGCGGUCAAGAUGAAGCGAGCUCCAGAUAAUCUUUCAUUUCUUUCAAAAUUUGAUAAACUGGCACUUAACACAGAUGACAAAGAGAAUGUUAAUAAAACUGUCGAAGAGCCGCCGUUGACGCCAGCAGAAAAUCCACAGCCGAAUGCAGCCAGCACAGCAAGAACGACACAUCUAAGCCGCGCACUUUCAGCGUGUCCACUGCAGAGCAUAGAUGAGGACAAUGUGGCAAAUGAUCACAGUGCCGUCGAACCAAAACAUGAAUGUAAUGCAAUAGGAGCAACAGCGCCACUGCAGCGCUUUCAAUCAGAUCCCACACCUCAGCAACAUAGUAAGCACAACGAUUUAGAAACUCCACUUCGAAAUAAUGGUAGCACUGCCGUAGUUCCUGCCAGUGAUGCCUCCGCGGCAGCCACUAAUAGUCAAAAUGUCGAUACGCAAUUCGCCACACCCCAAAUACGUUCUUUUUCUGUGCAACGAAGACCCCGUGGCUUGAGUUCAUCGCAAUCACAAUCACAACAACAACGUACGGCCCUAGCAAAUGAGUUCCGCUCGCAGAAGGUACUUUUUCAAACUCCAAUGGCUAUAUCGCGCGCGCCUGUUGUAUGCUUACCCAAUGACAGUAUCACGUUAUCACUUUGCGAUAGCAUAAAUGGAGGCAGAAGCACACCCAAUACUACUGAAAAUCCUCCGCAGAAGAAUUGUAAUGAACAUUUGGGUAAGGUGAAGUCAAAGAAGUCACUGGAGAGUGCUUUCACCGUCUCCGAAAAACCAGAAGAGUCUAAAGAAAACAAACAAGUGAACAACAACACAGAAGAAAACAUACCUUCAUCUAACGAGAAAGAUGGCAUUUUGCGUAUAAACAACGCUGAUUACACAAUAAUGAAAAAAAUAGGAUGUGGGGGCUCUAGUUCGGUUUAUCUGGCGCAAAGAAAUGCUGAUGGAAAGGAGUGCGCGCUAAAGGUUGUUGAUUUGCGCGGUGAUCCAGUUGUAGUUGAAGGAUACCUAAAUGAAACAAAGCUGUUGGCAAAACUUCAAGGCAAUGUCUGCGUCGUCGCACUCUUUGAAUAUCAACUUUUGCGUAAAGAAUCUCGUCUUUUUGUUGUUAUGGAAAAAGGCGACUCGGAUCUGCACAAAAUUUUACAAACGUAUACUACAAACCUUCCGCUUUAUGUGCUUAUGAAUUUUUGGUAUCAAAUGUUGCAAGCAGUUAACUACAUACAUCAAAAUGGUGUCAUCCAUUCUGACUUGAAACCCGCAAAUUUUCUAAUGAUUAAUGGCCGUUUGAAAUUGAUAGACUUUGGAAUUGCCAGCAAUAUUGCACAGGAUUCAACAAGUAUUAUUAAGUUCUCCCAAGCAGGUACAUUUAAUUACAUCAGCCCAGAAGCACUUACCGACACAUCAACGGGAUGCAGUCCGAUGCGGAGUAAUCAACCAAAGAUAAAGAUUUCAACCAAGUCGGAUGUUUGGUCUCUUGGAUGUAUACUAUAUCUACUGCUUUAUAAACGCACACCGUUUUCCCAAAUUAAGAACAUCUAUGCUAAAAUUAAUGCGAUCACAAGUCCAACGACUAGCAUCGAGUAUCCAACUAUACCACUCUAUUAUCCAGCGAUGCUUGUACAUAUGGCAAAAAAUUGCCUGCAACACAACCCAAAGAAACGUCCAUCUUGCGCUGAAUUGCUGCAGUAUCCAUUUAAUAUGGUUAUACCGAUACAAAACUUAGCGGUACCAUCAAUGGUUAAGGAGAAAAAUUAAGAUACAUAUACUCAAUAUGAGGUUUUAGUUAUUGUAUGAAAUCAUGUUGUUUAAGAUAUUUUCCGUCAGUUAUUUUUUAGGUAAAAACCUGUUAAAGAACAAAUUAAUUCUAAAUACUUUUUAUUAUAAUUAAUAUAAGAGCACAGAAAAAAAUAAACAUAUUUUUUCUACAUA